AGUGGUAAAAAGAUCUGCCGCGAUACCGCGGUGCUCGAGCUCGAGCGAGUCUAAAGACCGAAGUUAGUAUCUCAAGUAUCUGUAGGAUGGACAAGUAGUUCGCAUCGAUUCGUGAUCCCAGUGCGCUAGAAACGUGUUCGCGAAUAUGAUAGGAGUAAUUUAGUAUAACAUUUCUUUCGGCCUGUAUUUUUUCUGUGAUAAUUAUCAUAUUAGUCGAAAUUUUUCGCAAUGGCUAACACAAAUUUUAGUGCUUUGAACGAUAAGAACUUGGAACAAUGUGUGGUUACGUUUAUAGAAAAAGUCGAAUCUAUGGAGAAGGAGAAACCUCAAGUGAUUAAGAAAAUUCUACCUCCGGCUCAAAUUGAAAUGAGAACAUUGCAGCUUUGGCGAUCGGUGAUUUCCGAAUGUUUGGCAUCAUUUUUAUAUGUUUUUAUCGUUUGUGGGGCUGCUUCGACUGCAGCUCAAGCUGGAUCUCUUCCUUUAACUGUGUUCAUUACUGCCGCUGCUUCUGGAUUUACUGUCUGUGUGUUGACUUAUUGCUUUCAGAAUUUGUCAGGUGCCCAUAUGAAUCCAUCUAUUACUGUAUCGAUGAUGAUGAGCCAAAGUAUAACUCUUUUCAGAGGAAUGUUGUUCAUCGUAGCCCAGAGCGGAGGAGCUAUUGCCGGUGCAGCGUUAUUAUACGGGGUAUCUGUCACACCUCAUGUUGGAGACUAUAACGCUGCUGUGCCAUCUUUAGCCAGUCAUAUGUCUGUCUGGAAGAGAUUAGGUAUAGAAUUUGUACUUUCAUUUCUGAUCGUGUUCACAUAUCGCAUUACAGUAGAUGAUCAUCGUAAAUGGUUCGGAAAUUCGGCAACCUGCAUGGGCUUGGCAUAUUUAGCUACUGGAUUGGUUUCACAACCAACACAAAACCCUAUACGUGCUUUUGGACCAGCUUUUGUAACAAACAGAUGGGAUAAUCAAUGGGUAUUUUGGGGCGGACCAUGUCUUGGUGGUGUAGCAGCUGAUUUAGUAUUCAAAGUCAUAUUCAUUACAAACAGGCGUAAAAGUAGAUCGGAAAUGUCUGUUGAUGGUGAUUCGGCGAGUAUUCAUUCGGAAGCUGAUACGUACGAUGAUUUAGGCAAAGGUCGAAGCACUGCUAUGAAAAUCAUGAAACCAAAUCCAUAUACUAGGCAGUUAUCGACUAAUUCAGGAAAUGGUCAUUCAUACAAUACCGGUUUCUAUCCAAUGUCAGUAUGUAAAACACAAGAUCGAUCUGAAUCAAUAUACGAAGGAAGUCGUUCACUGUACACCAAAUCACCACCUCUAACCAGAGCUAAUCUAAGCAGAUCUCAAUCAGUUUACACCAAAACACCUCCUGCUCAUAAUUAUCAACGCGAACAACCUCGCCCUGGUCCUUUAUACCCGGCUCAAUCAAUGUACCCUAUGCCCUCCAGCAAUGCUAAUCCAAUCAGUCAAAAUCACCAAAACCAGCAACGUCAAGGAACCGAGAACAUCUACGGUACCAAAACCAGUAGCAGGGAUAUUUAUGGGAAAAUACCCGGAAGAAACGAGUCGAUUUAUGGUGGCGUUAAGAAACAGCACCACGAUUCUAAUGAUAAUUCGUAUAAUUCCUAUAUUAGUAAUAAUACCAGUGGUUCUAAGAUAACUCCAACUCAUAGUAUGGGUGGUAGAAAAGAAUCGUAUUCGAGUUCGAGUAUUCCACCUCCACCCAAAGGUCAUAGUCCUUAUUACCAUAGUCAGCCUUCUCCUAAUUCGCAGUUGAGCUCCCUGUAUUGAAAGAUUUUCAAAACUAUGAAUCUAGUCUUCCAUUAUUGUUAAUUAUUGUUUAUUUUUAAGUAAGUAUUUGUUUGAAAUUUUCGAAAGAUGUUUCCUUUCUUUUUAAAUUUUUUAUUAAGUACGAAACGGAGAUGGAAAACGGAGAGAAAAAUAUUGAUUUUGGAUCAAAAACCGAAACCUAAACUGAAACCAAAGCUUUUAUUAGAAAAACUUUUUAUUAAAAUAGAAAUUAACCGAAAAAAUACCUGGUUUUUAUAAAAGUUUUUUCUUAAUAAUUUACAAUGAAUAUCACAUUGAAUUAUGUUCCGAAUUACUGAUGUAAAAAUACUUUUUAAAAAACCAAACCCGAAAAUUAAAUUUUUAUUAAAAUUUCAACUGGCUUUUCCAUUCCCGUUAUAAAGGAUUGUUUUUGUUUAUGUUCUGAUUUCGUUCGUUAUAAAAAUAAAAGAGAGUUAAUUUGAGCUCGUAGUCGUAGUUCCUGUUUUCUUUGGACCUAUGUAUCUAUCUAUACCUUUGCCUGGGUAUUUGUUUUUUUUGCAUUUAUUUUUCUUCUUAAUUAUUUUUUGUGUCUUCCCUUUUGUAUGUAAAUUAAGUGUAAAUAAAAUGAUACGUUUUUAUAAA